GUAUAUAAAUUUGGAAGCAACAACAAACACGCAACAUUGAAAAUGCGAAACGCCCACUGAGACGUUCCAUAGCCAUGUCUCGAGCAAUCCAUCUCGCCGCAGGUUAUGGACCAUCGGAUGGCAGAUGUCUCCCUUGCUCAGGGGUUUCUAGAAGAGCUGUUGCUUUAUCCCCUUGCACUUCUCGGUGUGACUACAAAACCCUUUCACAGGUUAAGAUUGUACCACUAAAAUGCAUAUCCAGGGGAGCAUCUUUUAUGUGCAAUGCAAGUUCUAGUGGCAAUAGGAGAAACCCAGACUUCUCAAGGCAAAGCAGACAUGGAUUCUCCCGAGGCAGGAACAGGCAUAAUGAAGAGAAUAACAACUCUGAAAACCUUGAAGAAUCUGAAUUCUUAUCAUCAAAAAAUGGGCCUUUACUUUCUCUUUCAGGUAGCCCAAAGUUCCAAGUAACAGCAACCCCAGGACCUAGAGAAAAGGAGAUUGUGGAACUAUUCAGGAAGGUGCAAGCUCAGCUUCGGGAAAGAGCAGCAAUGAAAGAAGAAAGGAAGAGUGAAGCAUCACAAAGACAAGCUAAAGAGAGUGAAAAUGUGGAUUCCCUUCUUAAACUCUUGAGAAAACACUCAGUUGAACAAGGUAAGAGAAGAAGUAGUAGCAGAGACUUCAAUUUGAGCCAGCCUGAUCAGAAUGGCCCAUUUGAUGAAGAGAAAAGCACAAGUUUCUUUGAUCUAAAUAGCAGUAUGAGGGAUGAGGCCCAAGAACCUAAUGCCUCUUUUACCAGGCCAGCAUCAAAUUUCCAGCGUAAAUCUCCAGUUCCACGAGUAAAAUACUAUCCUGGAAGGGACACAGUAAAUUCUGUCUCAAAUCCAAAUAUGGGUGGGAAGAAAAAGAAGAGCCUAGUUGAGACUUAUUCUCAGCCAGAACCUGAGCCAGAGCCAGAGCCAGAGCCUGAACCUGAACCAGAGCUUGAGCCUGUGACCGCAUUCCCAGAUGGGGAUGUAUUUGAUGAGUUGUCAGAUGCUGAGUCUUCAGAUACUGAGGUUUACGAUGAUGAAGAUGCAGAAGAACAGGAAUCUGCUCAACAUAGGGAUUUGAGUGCAUUAAAACUACCAGAAUUGAGGGCCCUUGCAAAGUCCCGAGGCAUGAAAGGGUUCUCAAAGCUGAAGAAAGGCGAGCUCAUGGAGCUGUUAAUUGGGCGCUCAAUCUGAUCCAUGAAGCAUGAAAGAUGAAAAACACAGAGCCACUUUUGUGUGUUGAGAUAGUUUUGGGAUGUGCCUUUUUGUUUUUAGUGUAUCAACCAUUUCUAUUCCCGGUCUGUAAGAUUCAAUCCCUUGCAUGUUAUUCAAGGACUUGGAUCGUUUUGGAUUUUCAGAGAUAGUAGUGAAUCAAACUAGCCUUUUAACUUCUUAGCUCCUUUAUGAAUGCAUGGGAUUCCUUGAUGAGGUUUUGACAUA